AUGAUCUUUACUUGGGAUUGGGAGAACACAUGUGUGGUGUAUAAAUGGUGGCAUGUGAAGACGCUUCCUGGGUUCUUGGGAACAUUGUUCUCCAUCAUGGUAAUCAGUAUGUUUUACGAGUUUUCGAGGGACUGGAUAUCGAAGUGGAAGAUUAAGAACCACCCUGGCGUCGCGGCUACUUCCAGAACAAAAUUGCAGUACAAGUUGAAGGGCUCGUUUUUGUAUGGAUUCCAGGUGGGCUUUUCUUUCAUGUUGAUGUUGGUGUUUAUGACUUACAAUGGCUGGUACAUGUUGUCUGUGGUUGUUGGAGCUGCCCUAGGAUUCUACAUUUGGGGAGACAAUGCUGAGAACAGAUCGAUGCUGUGUCAUUGA